AUGGCUGCUACAAUAUUAAGUCCUUUGAUUACAUAUUCAUUGGAGACAGGUGACAAGGGAAUUUUAUUUGCUUUUGCGGAGAGGUGGCACAAGGAAACUAGUAGUUUCCAUCUACUGAUAGGAGAACUGACUGUAACCUUCGAUGAUGUGGCAUCCUUAUUACAUUUUCCCAUUACAGGUAUCUUUCAUACCUUCGUUUCUAUUGAUGUAGACGAAGCCGUGGACUUGUUAGUUGAGUUUCUUGAAGUUAGGACACAAGAAGAAAAAUAUGAGACUAAGCAAUGCAGAUGGGCACAUUCUUGGAUCUACAAGCAUUUCCCUGCAAUUGCGUCCAUUAUUUCUGAUGAUGAUUACCAUGAGAGGAAACCACAUGCUUGUCGUUGGAAGUCUGGAAAGGCAUUAUCAGUGACGAUGUAUCGUAAGUGCUUGGAUAGAUUGAUGUCAGAUGCUAUGUGCUGGAUACCUUAUGGUGACCAUCAUGCAUUAAGAGAAUUUGAGCUUAUUUCAUUAUUUUCUGGACAUAUCAAAUGUGGUUCAUCUAUUUUCAAACACCAACCAGAGAGGUGGUUCUAUAGGAUAUCUCACCUCUUCAUGAGUCCGACACAGUUUGGGGAGCUUCUUAGACAUCUACCCGUGGUGCAUGAUGAUGCCUUUAUUGUAUCAGAUCCACCUGUGUUGUCCGUCCACGCAGCAACUAUGCCACAACCACUUGCACCUACAACUACUGAUGUAGACAUGCCUUCACAUGUAGUGGUAUAA